AUGCUGUCUGCUGUACUUGUUCUUUUCCUGGCUGGCAACACCGCCCUUGCCGCCAUCCCCACCGACGCCGCCUACUAUGGCUGCAACAUCAACAGUGGAGGCAACACGAUCCCAUCCGGGACUAUCACCACCUACCAGCAGUGCAUUACCUCGGCCGCCCAGCUGCAGGGCGGCGGCUCUUGUGUUCGUUUCGCUUACUGGCAGCCCUUCACCGCCAAGUGCCAGUGCAACCACAUGGGAGGUUGGCCUCAGUACACGGUUGGGUCUGACCCCGCCCUGUGUGGCUCGACAUCCACCACCACCAACCAGUGGCAGUCAUACUACUCUUACGGAACCACCUUCACGUCGGUUUCGUGCGCCGACACCUUCACGCGCCCGGCCAGCGAGCCGGCUCUCAUCGGCUACCCCUCCGGGUCGCCAUGGUACCCGCCCUACCUCCCAAACCAGAACGCUGCUCCUCAGGUCGCAGGUGGCCAGGGUGGAACCGAGCCCCAGUUCUGCGCGGGCAUGUGCGCAAAGUUCCCCUACUUUGUUCUGAGGCCCAACACCGCCACCGCGUUCGGCGCGUACUACGAGUGCUACUGCCUUAACACCGCCCCGUCCAACCCCACCACCACAGUGUGCUCCCAGCAGAGCUACUAUCUCUACGGCCACUCGCCCGCCGCUCAGGCAUCCGCCCUCCCCCGUAAGCGUGCCGAGGCCGUGCGUGCCGCCCACCAGCAGGCUCUCCUCGACGCCAACCCGUACUGCCCCAUCGGCCUCGAGGCUUGCAACGUCUCGGACGACCAUUCCGCCGACUACGAGUGCCUUGCUACCGACUCGGAGCUUGAGUCGUGCGGCGGCUGCCGCUACGGUCGCUUUGGCUCCAGGGCUUCCAACUCCACCAGUGGUGUCGAGCGCGUGGCGUGCAUUCAGGGCGAGUGUAUUGCUUUCGGGUGCACCAACGGCCACCGCCUUGUGGGUGACCGCUGCCUCAGGCUUUAG